UGAUAAGCCCCUCUAUAGUUAGGCAAGGGACGGUGUGUGCCCAGCAGAGGCUCAGGAGCCCAUUGAAGUCACACAAGACCGGCCCGUCGCUCUCGUUUUUUGUUGUUGCUCGCGUCCUGCGGAAGGGAUGAAUUUCGCCGUGGGCUUCAAGGCUUUAGGGGGGGACACCCAGACCAUGGACAACCUGGAGAAGCAGCUGAUAUGUCCCAUCUGCUUGGAGAUGUUCACCAAACCCGUGGUCAUCCUACCGUGCCAGCACAACCUGUGCCGCAAGUGUGCCAACGACAUCUUCCAGGCCUCCAACCCACUGUGGCAGUCCCGGGGUUCUAGCACAGUGUCAUCAGGGGGACGUUUCCGCUGUCCAUCCUGUCGUCAUGAAGUGGUCCUUGACAGACAUGGAGUCUAUGGGCUGCAACGGAACCUGCUGGUGGAAAAUAUCAUUGACAUCUAUAAGCAGGAGGAGUCAUCCAGGCCUCUGAACACGAAGACGACGGAGCAGCACUUGAUGUGUGAGGAACACGAGGAUGAGAAAAUCAAUAUUUAUUGCCUAACCUGUGAGGUUCCCACCUGUUCCAUGUGUAAGGUGUUUGGGGCCCACAAGGACUGUGAAGUGGCCCCUUUGUCCAGCAUCUACAAAAGACAGAAGAGUGACCUCAGUGAUGGGAUUGCAAUGCUGGUCGCUGGCAACGAUCGGAUUCAGGCAAUUAUCACACAGAUGGAGGAGAUCUGCAAAAGUGUUGAAGACAACAGCCGCAGACAGAAGCAGCACAUGAGCCAGAGAUUUGACUCUCUCUAUAACAUCCUGGAGGAGAGGAAGAAGGAAUUAUUAAAAGUGAUCGCACGGGAGCAGGAGGAGAAGCUGCAGUAUGUGCGAGGGCUGAUCCGCAAACAUGGCGACCACCUCGAAGUCACUUCCAAACUUGUGGAGACCUCCAUACAGUCCAUGGAUGAGCCACAAAUGGCUGCUUUUCUGCAGCAAGCCAAGGAUCUGCUCAAAAAGAUCACAGACAUGUCCAAAGUAUCCACAAUAGACCGACCGGACCCUGGCUAUGAGAACAUGGAUCACUUCUGCAUCAAUGUGGACUGUGUGUCUGAGAUGCUGAGGACCAUCGAAUUCUGUUCAAGUACGCAGGGAGAGGAUGAGGAGGAAACAGAAGAGUCCGAGGCAGCAGCAGAAGAGGAGAGAGUUGAACCCACAGAUGAUUCUGCUGCCAGGCAGAAAACGGCGACCCCUUAACAUGGCGACUUUGGGGCAGUUUAAGGGGGUUCUUGUUGGGGUCCCCAGGGAUCUAUUUAUAAGGGGAAAAAAUUAAAUGUUACUUUUUAGUGCCUUUUUUUUAUUUCACCGCUUUCUACUAUUUAUAAAAAGACAAAGCUAAUUUAGGGUACACACAGACAUAAAGACCCUUCCAUUGUCCACUUGUUUCUUCCCGAAUGUUGGAAAUUGGCGGGUAUUUUAUGCUAGAGGAUAUUUGCCUGCAGAAGUCUGUAUACCCUAAUGGUGUAUGUUACCCCUAAAUUGAAUAUUUCAUAUACAGUAUGUGUCUGAUGUUCCAUGUAGGCAUAUCUCAAUGUAGCCUGUUCUCUUUCCAUUUAUUCGUAUGCUGAGAAAAACCUGGUAAACCUGCUAGUCCGCUGGUCUAUUUUAGCCUUCUACAUCAGAGGCACGUGGCGUGCCUAUACCCCCUGCCCACCCCUGGCUGUACUCCUGUGGACAGACUGUUGCUGUCACACCCCCACCCAGUCCUGCCUGUACCCUAGUAGUCAGAGAAUUGCUGACAUGCCCCCCCAGUCCUGCCAGUGUAAACCCAUGGUCAGACCCUCUUCUGCCCCGCACUGCCUAUACCCCUAUGGUCAGUUUAUUGCCCCUCCUCUGCCCAGUCCUGUCUGUACUCAUGUAGUCAGACUACUGCUGACAUGCCCCUCUUCCUCCCAGCCCUGCUUGUAUCCCUGCAGUCAGACUACU